AUGAACAAUCGCCGUUACCUUCUGCUUUUCUUCGUCGCCCUUUCGAUUUCCGUCGAAGCGGCCACUGAAGUGAUCCGUGCGAGAGCCUACAUUUUCAAAGCGGAGGCGGGCAAAGUGCCGACCGAACUCAUCGGAACCAUCGACUUUGAUCAGUCGGGAAGCUUUUUAAAAGUACGUUUCAUUCAGGGGCAGAAUCUCACUCUAUUUUUGCACGCUUAUCAGUUUCGGUCUGAAAUGUGUUCAGUAAAACUUUUAGUCCAAUUCGAUCGUCUAAUGCGGAGCUACUAUGAACAUUUGGCUUUCAUAUGAUACAUUUCAGCUGCCUGAAGAGAUAUCAAAGAGUCGAUAGUUAAUAAAUUGUUCAUUAAGAAAUUGUCCAUAUUUUAUUAUUAGACAGCGUUUUCAUAUCUCUACAGACGACUAAGAUUAAAUGAACGGUAAUUAGGUAGAUAAAGACUGUGCAAAGUUCGGUUCUGACAAUUGCGCAUUCGUUGUUUUCAGUUGAAUGGCUCGGUAUCGGGUUUGGCAGCCGGAAAGCACGGAUUCCACAUCCACGAAAAAGGAGACACUGGCAAUGGAUGUCUGAGUGCGGGCGGUCAUUACAACCCGCAUAAACUGAGUCACGGAGCUCCGGACGACUCGAACAGACACAUCGGAGAUCUGGGAAACAUUGAGUCGCCCGUAAGAGAGAGUUUUGUAGAUAUUCGAAGGAAAAGAAGUAUUUCAGACUUCCGGAGACACAAACAUUUCGGUGUCGGACUCGCUCGCUUCGCUCAGCGGACAGUACUCUAUCAUCGGGCGGAGUGUCGUCAUCCACGAGAAGGUUCGUUCCGAUUCCUUCUACCGUACUCUUCCAUUUCCAGACUGACGACCUCGGCCGCGGCAACUCGGAUCAAUCGAAGACCACGGGAAAUGCGGGCGCCCGUCUCGCCUGCGGGACCAUCGGUGAGUGCUUGUUCCGUUUGUGAUCUUUCUGUUCCCGGUCCCCUUCGGUUCAUCGAAUUCGUUUGACAGGUACCGUCUGAGUGUCUGCUUCACUCUCUCACUCUCUCCCUCUCUAUCGUUAUCUCUCAACGAACCGCCCGGUUAUGUUUUCUAUAAAAAUCACUGCUUUUUGGCUGUGAACUCUGUAUUAAUGACACGUAGUGAAUGUACAGAUAUUAAUAACUUCAACAAUAAAUUAUUCGUUGCUUUUUGUCGGUUUUCUGCUGGAACGGUCUUGGGAUACUGUAGUUCGUGCUCUUUCAGAGAAACUUGGAUUGUUUGCAGGGAUCAUCGAAGAACGUCUUCUGGAGACGACUACUGCGUCCCUUCCGCCAGUGACCCAGUCGCAGCCGAUCGGAUCCUCCACUUCCACCCUCCUCCUCCCCUUCUUUUCCAUUUUACUCAUUCUAGUUUGA